AUGACUGGGCAAACACAUCUAGAACAUGAACUUAGCGAACCUGUAUCAACACCAGAGGCACCAGGGACGCCAGAGAAACCGACAUUGGGAAAGGUAACAGCGAAAAUCCAACACAACAGGCGUCCCACGCACUUUGUCUGCUUCCCACUCGUUACCGAUCAAUCAGUCACACAGCUCUCUAAAUCCCUGGCCUACUUCAGGUCGAUCACCACGCCUUUGCCUUUGGCAGAUCGUGAUGCGACUCCCGAGCGAGAUGAUGGACACCAGACUCGUCGAGACUCCGCAGCACCUGGGCAAUCCAGCAGUGAAGUACGGGGUCAAUAUGCCCAUGAAGCAUUGAGAGUCAUUCCAGAGCCGGCGCAUCGCCCGCCUGGAACGUUCCACUUGACACUGGGUGUCAUGUACCUUCCCCACGAGGAGGACUUGGAACGUGCGGCGUCGCUGCUGCAGAAUAUUGACUACGUGGAACUACUGAGGCGAGCGGAAUCCGCCGAGAGGGACGAGGCGCAAAUGUCUGUGCCGGGGGAAAGGACCAAAAAGACCUCGAGACGUGGAGCACGCGAGGACGCCAACGACGUGAGCCCAGACAAGGAGACGCAAUUGGAGGGGCAAAGAGGACCUCGAGGACUCCCACCUGGAGCGGCCCAGACGCCCUCAAUGGAACCACCGAAGGCAGAAAACUCAUCGUCUAUAGCAGAAGAGGGAGGUCAGAGCAGUGAGGCGCAACACGAUGCCAGGAAUCCGCAACCUAUCGGCACAGGCCAGUCCGAUACCCAACAACGACAACCAACCAGAAACCCAGACACCUCAAGCCACGGGCCAGACGAGAAAGGAACGCUGUACCAGGCAGCCCAAGAAGUCGGGGCGAUUCUGUCUUCCCCAGUCCAACCACUCAAAUCCCUCAGCCGAGACAUCUCACCACCACGGCGGGUUUCUGCACGACUACUCCAAGACGACGACUCUCGAAAACAAGCCCUGCCGCAUCCCCUAACCAUAUCCCUGACCUCUCUGGGCACCUUUCCCUCGCCGCGCUCGGCCCGCGUCUUCUACGCACAUCCCCACGACCCGACGUCUCGCCUGCACCGAUUCGGAAACCUGGUGCGCGACAUCUUCCGGGAGGCAGGGCUGAUCACCGAGACGAGACCAUUGGUUCUGCACGCCACGGUGGCGAACAUGAUCUACGUCAAGGGCAAAGGGGGGAGAGGCAGAGGAGGCAGAGGAGGGAGACGAGGUGGGAAGGGCAGAAAUGGCGACGGCGGCAACGUGGAUGCACGGGAGAUUCUGAGGCUGUUUAACCAGGGAACUGAUACGAAUGCGAGGCCCGUGGGAGUGACAGCAGCAGCAGUAGCAGCAUCAUCAUCGUCGUCGUCGUCACGAUCAAGCGUCCGUGCUGGGUUCCGUGACGGGCUCAACGAAUCCGACCACAACAACGGGGACGUGGACGAGGAAUCAUCAGCAGCAGCUACCAUGUCCACCACAACCACAACCACUCCCGACAGGCCCUUCACGUGGGCGAGGGACAUCACAAUCCGCAGCAUCCGCAUCUGCAAGAUGGGCGCGGAACCCUCGACCCUGCCGGGCUGGGGUCUCGAGUACCGCCCCGUGGCGGAGAAGGUGUUUAUGCCGGAGACGCGGACUUUGGGGAAAGGGGAAGGAGAAGGAGAAGAAGGAGAAGAAGAAGAGGGACAGGACUGA